AUGCGGCGGGAUUACUACGACAUCGAUGAUUUCUUAGCGCGCGAACACGCGGUCACGGUGGAGUUCGCGUGGGGCGCGGCGACGGUCGGCCCGGAAGUCAUCGGUCCCAAGGCGAAGAAGGAUUCAAACGGUCGCGCCGACGUCCCGAAGGAGCAUCGCGCGCCCGUGCCGCUGUGGUGGCUGGACGGGGAGAUGGCGAAGGACGUGUACAUUUGUGAGACGCCCGCGGCGUUCGCGGACGACGUGUUCGCGCUGUUGAAGGCGGAGGACGGGGCGAAGAUCACAAACUUGAGGACGACGUGCGAGUCGUACUUUGGAUUCGCGAGGGCGACGUUGGACGCGCUCGAACGAGACGCGGGAGACGACGCGGAGGCGAUGGAACCGGUGAUCGAGUUGAAGGAAAAGAUAAGUGAUGCGUUGGAGCGACGGUGGCGGGAAGUGCUGGUGGAUUCGAUCGGAAGGGUAGGCGACGACGAUAAGACGGAGCGGUUGCUGUCGCGCGAGGAGCGGAGGAUUUGGGACGCGGGAAGGAUGGCGCAGGCGGAGUACGAGCGGUGGAGGUACGGUCGGAGCGGGCGCGUGGUGGCGACGAAGGCGGUGUUGGAUAAUAAGCGCCAGAAGCGGGGGUAG